UUUGCGCGGGAAGUUCGGUGUCAGUGGUGGAUUUACAGCAACGGCGGGACGAUGAAUGGAGAGAAGAUGGAAGUUGGCUGGAAUCACCACCAGCAGCCUGCUGAGGACGGCGUCACUGACCGAAUCGAUAUCCACAUUGAGGUUCUUGUGAAGUCUGAAAGCACUGUGAGAAGGUCUGAAGUGAGGACACACGUUUUGGCUCUGCUGGACCGACACAGCCUGAUUAUUGGGUCUUACAAGUGGACCGAGUUCGACGAUGAGUUUCUGACUAAAAAUGUUGAGUCAGUUGCCGUGGUGGACGUCGAUGUACCGGCACCUCUGGAUCUGAAGAUGAACAAUCUUUGUGUUCACAUCUUCUCCCUGAAUGAUGACGGACCCAGCACACUAAACCUGGAGGAAGAGGAGGAGCUUUCUGCAGCCAAUCACUGGCUCCUACCAGCAGCUGAGCUUCAUGGCAUUUGGGAAAGCUUGAUUUAUGAGGAAGCAAUCAAGACGCAACUCUUGGAUUACGUCUCAACAGCGAUUUUCUUUUCUGAUAAAAACGUUGACAGCAAUUUGGUUACCUGGAAUCGAGUUGUAUUACUUUAUGGGCCUCCAGGCACUGGAAAGACGUCCUUAUGCAAAGCACUCGCCCAGAAACUCUCCAUCAGAAUGUCAGGAAGGUAUUCAUAUGGACAGUUUGUGGAAAUCAACAGCCACAGUCUGUUUUCUAAGUGGUUUUCCGAGAGCGGUAAACUUGUCACGAAGAUGUUCCAGAAGAUUCAGGAACUGAUUGAUGACAAAGAGGCUCUUGUUUUCGUCCUAAUUGAUGAGGUGGAGAGUCUGACAGCGGCACGAAACGCCUCUCAGGCUGGAACAGAACCUUCAGAUGCUAUCAGAGUGGUCAACUCAGUCCUUACACAGCUGGACCAGAUCAAACGAUAUCCGAACGUGGUCAUCCUCACAACCUCAAACGUAACAGAGAAGAUAGAUUUGGCCUUUGUGGACAGAGCGGAUAUAAAGCAGUAUAUCGGCCCCCCGAGCGCGAGCGCCAUCUUCAGCAUCUACCUGUCCUGUCUGGAAGAGCUUAUGAAGCGGCAGAUCAUUUACCCGAGGCAGCAGCUGCUGAACCUGGAGGAGUUGCGCACUAUGGGCUACAUUGAGAGUGAUGUGACUGAGCUCAGCCUGUACCUGCAGAGAAUCGCAAAGAAGAGUGUUGGCCUGAGUGGACGGACUUUGAGGAAAAUUCCCUUUUUGGCUCACGCGCUUUACGCAAAGACGUCUGUGCUGACUGUUGAGAGUUUUCUGGACGCUAUGGACAAAGCUGUGGUUCAGCAGUUAAAGGAACGGGAGACCUUGGCUAACUGUUUAUGAGCGUAAGCUAGUGGCUGUAAGCUAACAGCACACACAGCACACGGCAUCAGUCACCCCCCACUUCUCUCUCCAUCACUGACUGUAGCUCUGUGGUGGUGAUGUGCUGACUGUUAUUAACUGUAAUGAGUCUGAAAGUUGGCCGCGGUUCGGUUUUCUUCUGUUGACUUUGUUUUGAACCUGGAGUUGGAAAAAAAAGCACUUUAUGAGCAGAAACUAUUUUAAAAAGUGAUGUUUUCCCUGUUCAUUAUAUGUGAAAUAACACAAUACUGCUGCAACUUGACUACGUUUGACUGUUAGUAUUGUUUGUGUUGAUUUUUAGCUUGUUACCCCUCAUUAACAUUCAUACAUAUUAAUAAAUUGGUGUGCUGCUGAGUCAUGAGCCCAAAAGCAUUUUAAUAACAAAGAUUGCUGUGCUGUGAUGCUUU